AUGGCCGAGGUGGAUGGCGAGGACGCAAACUACGACUUCAGAGGCAUCGAAGAGCUGCCUGAGCCUCUUGUGCGCUCUCUGAAAAUCUCCGGUGAGAGAAGACCAAUGGUUGAUUACAAGGAAUACCAAGUUUAUCGCUCCAAGCUGCCGUCUUUGUUCCACGCCCCAAAAAAUAACAGAGAGCAUUCCAUCAGGACGGAAGACCAAGAUCAUGUGGGGAACAGAAUCUGGACGGACAUUGUCGAGGUGCAAUUUUCACAAAGGAUACUCGUGUUCGAGACAGACACGGUCCGGUGGAUAUGCCACUCGUGGCCGCAGUGGAGAGGACAUGACUGUCCGACAGGCGGCGAUGUAUCCUGCUUCGAGCACAUGACGCAAAUCUAUGCGCACCUCUGCCACCAGUUGGCCCGGCUGCCAUAUGUCCACGCCAAAUUUGACGACCUUGAUUUCGAGCAACCUCCGGGAACUGAGCACGUGGAUGGCCCAUCUCCACACCGACGGAGUUGGAGUUACACUUUAAAGAAUGUGUUUCCCGAGCUUUCUGCAAUAUUUACAGGCUGUAGCAGAGAUUUCGUCAACAAAGAAAUUGGCAGAUCCAGGGCUGGCCAUGAGUGGUUGAACAUCACUGCUGGCAUCGCUGAUACGUUUGGGAGGAUGUUUGAGGAAUGCUUUCAAACGGGUUACCGGAGACUGUCUUUGACCAAGCAAUGCUUUGGCAGCGAGAUGCCUCCUGCUGGCUGGUUCAGCCAAGAAAGGAUGACAACGGUGUCCAAGUACCCUCAAGUCAAGUGGAUACACGACAUCCUCCUGCCAAACAAGUAG